ACAAAUCACAACUGUACCUCACAAGCAGCCAGGCACACAGAGCGCUACUGAGGAUUGACAGGACACAUUGAAGUGUUUUAAUUGUCCAUGUUGUGUCCUGGGCUGCUUCACAGUGGGUUUAGCUGCUUUGUGUUUAAUAUCCACCCUGGAGGGACAGAGGAGGAGUAACGGGAGGAAAACGUGGGAUUUACGGACUGUCCGCUCCUGUAACGGUACUGAAAGUGUUCAGACAUGGGAGCUGUUCUGGGAGCCUUCUCCCUGGCAAGCUGCCUGCCGUGCCUGUGCAGCAGCGCCACCUGUCUGCUGUGCAGCUGCUGUCCCAGCACCAGGAACUCCACGGUGACCCGGAUCAUCUACGCCUUCAUCCUGCUGCUGGGGACCAUCGUGGCCUGCAUCAUGCUGUCCCCGGGGGUCGAUCAGCAGCUGAAAAGGAUCCCUGGCUUCUGUGAAGACGGGGCCGGCUCCUCUAUCCCUGGCAUGCAGGCCGAUGUCAACUGUGAGAUGUUCGUGGGCUACAAGGCAGUGUACCGCAUCUGCUUCGGCAUGAGCAUGUGGUUCCUGGGGUUUUCCAUCCUGAUGAUUAACAUCAAGAACAGCAGAGACCCCCGUGCUGCUAUCCACAACGGAUUCUGGUUCUUUAAGUUUGCUGCCCUGGUGGCAGUUACAGUUGGCGCCUUUUAUAUUCCAGAUGGGCCUUUCACCUACACGUGGUUUGUGGUGGGCUCUGGGGGGGCUUUUUGCUUCAUCCUGAUCCAGCUGGUGCUGCUGGUGGACUUCGCCCACUCAUGGAACGAGUCCUGGGUGGAGAAGAUGGAGACCGGCAGUUCCAGGUGCUGGUACGCAGCGUUGCUGGUGGUCACUCUCAUCAACUACAUCAUGUCCUUUACUGCUGUGGUGCUGUUCUUCAUCUUCUACACAAAGCCUGAUGGAUGCUCCAUCAACAAGUUCUUCAUCAGCUUCAACAUGUUGUUCUGCCUGGUGGCCUCCUUCCUCUCUGUGCUGCCUAAAGUUCAGGAGUCGCAGACCCGUUCAGGUCUCCUGCAGUCCUCCAUCAUCACCCUGUACACCAUGUAUCUCACCUGGUCCGCCAUGACUAAUGAACCUGAUCGAGAGUGUAACCCCAGCCUGCUGAGCCUCUUCCAGCAGAUAGCAGUGCCCACCCUGGCCCCUCUGGAGAUGGAGAACCAGACGGCGGUGCUGAUCCUGGGCCCGGACACAGAGGAGCCCGUCCUUACGUCCCCCUACCUGCCGUGGUGGGACGCCCAGAGCAUCGUAGGGCUCGCCAUCUUUGUCCUCUGCAUCCUUUACUCAAGCAUUCGGUCGUCCAGCACCAGCCAGGUGAACAAGCUGACCAUGGCUUCCAAAGACUCGGCCAUCCUGGCGGAGGAGGGCAGCAGCUCCGACCUCUCCGAGGAGGCCCCGGGGCCCCGGAGGGUGGAGGACAACGAGCGGGACCUGGUGCAGUACAGCUACUCCUUCUUCCAUUUCAUGCUCUUCCUGGCCUCCCUGUACAUCAUGAUGACCCUCACCAACUGGUACAGCCCUGAUGCAGACUACACAGUGACCAGCAGCUGGCCAGCAGUGUGGGUGAAGAUCACCUCCAGCUGGGUGUGUUUGGCCCUGUACGUGUGGACCCUGGUGGCCCCCAUGAUCCUCACCAACAGAGACUUCAGCUGAGCAGCAUCUGCGGCUCUUUUUACACAAACUCUGACCACUUUGCCUACAUCUUACUUUCAAAAUGCACUUCAAUGUAUGCUUUGGGCUUGAGAUUAGUUUCACUAUUUAAAGGGGGCCUUAUUAUAAUAUCAUAGUGACAUCACUAUUUAAUACUCGUGCUUCUAUUGGCUAGCGCUCUAACACAUUCUGCGUGAUAGGCUAAGGGGCAGGACAUCUCUAAGCGGUUGACCAAUCACAACAGAGCUGGCCAGCUAACCUAUCAGAGCAGACUGGGCCCUGGUUUCAGACAACGUUGUGUAACCUUGUCUUUAUUGGGAUUCAGGUCCAAAGUAAAACUAGUCACAUUUUGAUCACAUGCUCUUAAUAAUAUGAAUUUAUGCUGUAACUGUAACAAAUAUUAGUUACAUUUAAUCAAGUACAAAUAGUUUCUACACUGCUUAAAAAGAUGAAUGUAUUACUGUAUUCAUAAUGAAGUGCACUCAGUCAGCUCAGUGGUGUGUUGCUAUGCCUUCCAGUGCCUUAUGUCUAUCAAAUACUUCAGAUAUGUGAAAAUAUGAAGAGUAUUAUGUGUAGUGUAGUAAAGAUUGCUGAUAGAAAACAUGACACAUUCUGCAAUAUGACUUCAAGUCAAUUUAAGUGUCAGCCAAAUAUUUAUGGACCAAGAUAUUUUCUCUUUACGGUGUGAUCGCUUCAGGUUGUAAAAUAAAUAUAUAGAAUGAAAGAACUGCGCUUAACACACCAUCAAAGGAUGUGUGUUUAAUACUCUUCUCUGUGCAUCAUUGUUUGAAUCCUAAUAGUAUGGAAUAGCUUUAAUGUUUAUUAUGAUCUUACCUAUAAACAAAGUCAUAGUUUUAAUCCAAGCUGUAUGAGUUUCAGGUUGUGCUAAAUGAAUGGUUUUAUAUGUUCAGGAGUGAUUUCAAGCUGAUAUUCUACCACUGACCAAAUGCCUUGUAAACCCAAGAUAUGAACUGGAUGUGAGUUCUAAUCUCUGUUCAACUCCAUAUUCACAACACAUUUUCGCUGAUCUUAUCAUAACUCUCUUCUUGCACCAUGUUAUCAUUGAAUCAUCCUCGUCUCGGUUUGAAAUGAUCAUCAAUAGUCAAUCAAACGGAGAAUGCAGUGUCUGUUUGUUAUAAUGUAGCUUUUAACAAAGCUGUCUGUACAUGGAAACGCUGUUGUAACAUUCAUUGUGCAAACACUAUCAAAUAAUAAAAGCUGUUUUACUACUCAA